GAUAACCGAAGUGUGUUUUCUUCUGUGAUCGUUUAGAAAUCUACCCAAAUUUUGGAUUUUGCGAUAAGGGUUUUUCUUAAUUUCGUCUACGGAUAUAGAAAAUGUCUUCCAUCAAUUUAUCCUCAUCAUCUCCUUCCACCAUAUCUCUUUCCCGCUCAAGACUAAGCCAAAGCUCUACUACAUUACUCCAUGGACUACACCGUGUUAGUUUACCAUCUUACCAUCCAUCAACGUUUUCAAUUAAAACCACUGGAAAAGUUAAGGCUGCAGUGAUCUCUAGAGAAGAUGAUCUGCUCUCAUUCACCAACGGAAACGCUCCUCUCUCAAAUGGGUCUCUCAUUGAUGAUCGGACUGAAGAGCCAUUAGAGGCUGAUUCAGUUUCACUUGGAACACUUGCUGCUGAUUCAGCUUCUGCACCAGCCAAUGGUUUUGUUACUGAAGAUGAUGACUUUGAGUUGGAUUUGCCAACUCCAGGUUUCUCUUCUAUCCCUGAGGCCAUUGAAGACAUACGCCAAGGGAAGCUUGUGGUGGUUGUGGAUGAUGAAGAUAGAGAAAAUGAAGGGGAUUUGGUGAUGGCUGCUCAGUUAGCAACACCUGAAGCUAUGGCUUUUAUUGUGAAACAUGGAACUGGGAUAGUUUGUGUGAGCAUGAAAGACGAUGAUCUCGAGAGAUUACACCUUCCUCUAAUGGUGAAUCAGAAGGAAAACGAAGAAAAGCUCUCUACUGCAUUUACAGUGACUGUGGAUGCAAAACAUGGUACAACAACAGGAGUAUCAGCUCGUGACAGGGCAACAACGAUAUUGUCUCUUGCAUCAAGAGAUUCAAAGCCUGAGGAUUUCAACCGUCCAGGUCAUAUCUUCCCGCUGAAGUAUCGGGAAGGCGGGGUUCUGAAAAGAGCUGGACACACUGAAGCAUCUGUUGAUCUUACUGUUUUAGCUGGACUGGAUCCUGUUGGAGUACUUUGUGAAAUUGUUGAUGAUGAUGGUUCCAUGGCUAGAUUACCAAAACUUCGUGAAUUUGCCGCCGAGAAUAACCUGAAAGUUGUUUCCAUCGCAGAUUUGAUCAGAUAUAGAAGAAAGAGAGAUAAAUUAGUGGAACGUGCUUCUGCCGCUCGGAUCCCAACAAUGUGGGGACCUUUCACUGCUUACUGCUAUAGGUCCAUAUUAGAUGGAAUAGAGCACAUUGCAAUGGUUAAGGGUGAGAUUGGUGACGGUCAAGACAUUCUUGUGAGGGUUCAUUCUGAAUGUCUCACAGGGGACAUAUUUGGGUCUGCAAGGUGCGAUUGCGGGAACCAGCUAGCACUCGCAAUGCAGCAGAUCGAGGCUACUGGUCGUGGUGUGCUGGUUUACCUACGUGGACAUGAAGGAAGAGGGAUCGGUGAAUUAGUGCUUGUACAUUGCCUUGUUCCGGAUGUUCCUUGUUGCCUCCCGUUUCUCAAGAGUUUGCGUCUUGUGAAAAUGGGUUACGCAUGUCUUCAUAAGAUUUUACGCGGCUGUCCUUAUCUUCAAAAUCUUAAAAUGUGUGUGAAUGAAGAAGAACACGAGGGAGAAGACACCACUAUCGCGUUGCCUUGUUUACGACAUUUAUCCUUGUGGGACAUGAUGAGAUACAAGAGUAAGAGUGGUGUGUUUGUGAUAGAGGCUCCUCGUCUCAAGUACCUUAAGAUUAUUGAUGAUGUUGUCUAUGACUCUCGUCGAAUUGAGAAUAUGCCCAAUUUGACUGAGGCGCAUGUUGACAUCACUCAAGGAGUUACCCACAAGUUUCUGAGAGCUCUUGUUUCUGCCCGCCGCCUUUAUCUAUGCGUAUCACUACUCUCAGAGGUUGGUGGGAGCUCCUCACUCAAAUGCUCCAAAAUUCACCCAAACUAGUAUCUCUCAAACUCACCGAUGAACAACAAUAUCCUACUGACGAAACUCCAGAUUGCUGGAAGCGGCCGAGUUCUAUUCCGGA